AUGUCGCAGGGAGGAGGUAUGGUUUGCGGACCCCCGGCAUGCCACCUACGGGGAGCUCCUACGAGGUAUCAGCCAAUUAGCCUGGGUGUUGAAAGAUAUGGGAGUGCAAAAGGGCGAUAUAGUCACUAUUUACAUGCCCAAUAUUCCGAGGCGAUAGUCGCAAUGCUAGCCUGUGCUCGGAUUGGAGCGAUUCACUCGGCCGUGUUCGCGGGAUUCCCUGUGCCAGCAUUGCGUGGGCGGAUUGAGGAUGUUUGCUCCAAGAUAGCCUUGAUAGUUGACGAGAGCGUGAGUGGGGGAAAGGCUAUUCCCAUGAGGCGCAUUGUUGAUGAGGCACUGUCUAUGUACGACAAGGACCAUCUGGUUCAGUGUCUUGUGCUCAAGAGGACCGGUAGCCCCAUCCCUUCGCCUCCGGGAGGCAGUGAUCACUGGUGGCAUGGAGAAAGCGCCCAAUGGCCUAAUUACAUUGCGCCGGAGCCGAUGGAUUCUGAGGACCCGUUGUAUCUGCUGUAUAUCUCUGGCUCGAUGGGGAAGCCGAAAGGCCUCCUUCAUUCGAUGACUGGAUACCUGUUAAACUUGCAUCCAUCAGACACCAUGUUUUGUGCGGGGGAUGUGGGUUGGAUCGCCGGGAACAGUUAUCUUGUUCAUGUUCCGCUUUACGAAUGA